UGCUCAUUAUAAUAAAGAUAUUUUAACCAGAAAAUAUAAAGGAAAAAACUCAGUACAAAACAUCCUCCAUCAAUAGAAUCCUCCCCAGUGCUCUAGCAUUUUGGCUUUGGGAGUCAGAAUGACUCCAGUGCCAAGCUCUUCAGCCUUCAUUAUGCUUGCUUUGAGAUAGCAGACAGUUUCUUAACGUCUCUGAAAUUUGGUGUUUUCACCUCCAAAGUAGGGAUCAUAACUUCAAUGAAAAGUUUAAAUGAGGGAAGAGCACUUUUCCAUGAGGACAAGCUUCCACUUUGGCCCUCUCAAGUUGUUUUUCCUGAGAAACCAGUGGUACCACAGGGUCUGGUACCUUCUUCGAUCCUCCUGGUCCCUCCCAAAUCCUUCUACCUCGCCUAUUCUUUGACCUCUCAGUUUUAGCCUCAUAUUGUCAGAUUAUAUUCAAAUCAAACUACUUUCAAUCACCUAGUGUUCCCUAAACAGUCAUCCCCCCUUAACUUUUUUCUUUUAAAAAAAUUUUUGGCUGCGCCCUGCGGCAUGCGGGAUCUUAGUUCCCAACCAGGGAUCAAACCCUUGUCAAGGCCCUGGAGUGGGAACGUCCAGUCCUAGCCACUGGACGGCCAAGGAAGUCCCCCACCCUGUUAAUUUCUUGAAGAUUGCAUCUCCUCACUUGUUCCCUUUCCAACAAUACUCCUGCCAUAAUUGGAGGCAUUUCGACUUCAGAAAGUCGUGUCUAUGGAACAUUUUCGCUGGAGGACUCGGGGAAACGUAAUGCAGGCUCUCAGUGUAGAAAUCCGCCUUACCACCCCCGAAGUUGGGACUUGGCGGGAAUCUUUUCUCUCUGGCAUUUUGGGAACCGUAGUCAAGGAGCUUCCCGUAGUCUUCCUGGAAAGUGAGCCUCUGGACUGUUUUCCUCGGCAUUCUGGGAGAUGUAGUCCAGGCACGGUGUAGUCGCUCGCACUUCCGCUCAGGAAGGCGGAUCUGACGAAUUCUGGGAAGUGUAGUCCAGAAGCCCGGUGGACUCGUAGGCACUCUCGUUCCCGGAGUGGGCGGGUUGCCGGUGUGUUUUCUGUUGGCCCGUGCGUCUGUUCCGCGUCUCGCUGGCCCUUGCGAGCUUCCUGUGUCUCCGCUUGGGACGCGCAACCACCUGGCAAUCGAUUUAGGGGAAAAGAAUCCUCGGCGGAGAACGCAGCGUGAUUUCUCAAAAAGGACCACACGGAGGUAGAGCGAGUGACCCUGAGCUACAUGAUAGCAAAGCUCCACACACUCUGCCAGGUGCAAUUCGGACCUCCCAGGAUCUGUGUAACUCAGGACUGUGCCCAUCCCCAGACACAGGAGGAAACAUGACCAUGUUCAAGGAGGUGGUGACCUUCAAGGAUGUGGCUGUGACCUUCACGGAGGAAGAGCUGGGGCUGCUGGACUCCACCCAGAGGAAGCUGUACCAGGAAGUGAUGCUGGAGAACUUCCGGAACCUGGUCUCAGUAGAAGGAAAGAUCCAAAGUGAGAUGGAGACUGUUUCAGAAGCAGGACCACAUGAAGAGCUUUCCUCCUGGCAGAUCUGGCAACACAUUGCAGGUGACUUCACCAGGUGUCAAGACUCCAUGAUAAAAAGUUCUGAAUUCCACCAACAUGGUGACUCAUCUGGCCAGGUUGGGGCAGGAUUCUCUGAAACUCACACAGGCCAGAAACCUUAUCAGUGUAAUGAAUGUACAAGAUCUUUCAGUGAUGUCUCCAACUUUGAUCUUCAUCAACAAAUACACCCAGGAGAGAAGUCUCAUACAUGUGGUGAGUGUGGAAAAAGCUUCUGUUACAGCUCAGCACUUCGCAUUCAUCAGAGAGUUCACUCGGGAGAGAAGCGCUAUAAGUGUGAUGAGUGUGGCAAGGAGUUCAGUCAGAGCUCACAGCUGCAAGCUCAUCAGAAAGUCCACACCGUAGAGAAGCCAUUCAGAUGUGAGCAGUGUGGGAAAGGCUUCAGUCGUAGGUCAACACUUAUUGUUCAUUGUAAAUUACAUAUGGGAGAGAAACCUUAUAACUGUGACCAAUGUGGAAGGGCCUUCAUUCACGCUUCACACCUUCAGGAACAUCAGAGAAUCCACACUGGGGAGAAACCGUUCAAAUGUGAUAUAUGUGGUAAGAACUUCCGCCGUAGAUCAGCCCUUAACAGUCAUUGUAUGGUCCACACUGGAGAGAAGCCAUACAAAUGUGAUGAGUGUGGGAAGUGUUUCACUUGUAGCUCAAAUCUUCAUAUCCAUCAGAGGGUCCACACAGGAGAGAAACCUUAUAAAUGUGAGGAGUGCGGUAAGUGCUUCAUUCAGCCUUCACAAUUUCAGGCCCAUCGGAGAAUCCACACGGGAGAGAAACCGUAUGUCUGUAAAGUGUGUGGUAAGGGCUUCAUUUACAGUUCAAGUUUUCAAGCCCAUCAGGGAGUCCACACAGGAGAGAAACCAUACAGAUGCAGUGAGUGUGGGAAGCACUUCAGGAUGAAAAUCCAUUAUCAAGUUCAUCUGGUCAUCCACACAGGAGAGAAACCCUAUAAAUGUGAGGUAUGUGGGAAAGGCUUCCGUCAGAGUUCAUAUCUUAAAAUCCAUCAGAAGGCCCACAGCAUAGAGAAACCUUACACGUGUGAGGAGUGUGGGCAGGGCUUCAAUCAGAGUUCACGACUUCAGAUCCACCAGCUGAUCCAUACUGGUGAGAAACCAUACAAAUGUGAAGAGUGUGGGAAGGGAUUUAGUCGUAGAGCAGAUCUUAAAAUUCACUGCAGAAUCCAUACCGGAGAGAAACCAUAUAAUUGUGAGGAGUGUGGGAAGGUUUUUAGUCAGGCAUCUCAUCUUCUGACCCAUCAGAGAGUCCACAGUGGAGAAAAACCAUUCAAAUGUGAAGAGUGUGGGAAGAGCUUCAGUCGGAGUUCACACCUUCAAGCCCAUCAAAAAGUCCAUACUUUAGAAAAGCCAUACAAAUGUGAGGAGUGUGGGAAGGGCUUCAAGUGGAGCCUGAACCUCGACAUGCAUCAGAGGGUCCACACAGGAGAGAAACCAUAUAAGUGUGGGGAGUGUGGGAAGCACUUCAGUCAGGCCUCAAGUCUUCAGCUUCAUCAGAGUGUCCACACUGGAGAGAAGCCGUACAGAUGUGAUGUGUGUGGUAAAGUCUUUAGUCGGUCUUCACAGCUUCAGUAUCACAGGCGAGUUCACACAGGGGAGAAACCUUACCAGUGUGAGACGUGUGGUAAAAGCUUCAGUUGGCGCUCCAAUCUUACUCCUCAGAAAGUCCACACUGUAGAGAAACCGUUCAAAUGUGGGGAAUGUGGGAAAGGUUUCAGUCGUAGGUCAGCACUUACUAUUCAUUGUAAAGUCCACACGGGAGAGAAACCUUACAAUUGUGAGGAGUGUGGGAGGGCCUUCAGUCAGGCCUCUCACCUUCAGGACCAUCAGAGAGUCCACACUGGGGAGAAACCUUUCAAAUGUGACACAUGUGAUAAGAGCUUCAGUCGGAAUUCACACCUUCAGUCCCAUCAGAGAGUCCAUACGGGAGAGAAACCAUACAAAUGUGAGGAGUGUGGGAAGGGCUUCAUUUGUAGCUCAAAUCUAUACAUUCAUCAGAGAGUCCACACAGGAGAAAAACCCUACAAAUGUGAGGAAUGCGGGAAAGGCUUUAGUCGGCCUUCAAGUCUUCAGGCCCAUCAGGGAGUCCACACUGGAGAGAAAUCAUAUAUAUGUAAUGUGUGUGGUAAAGGCUUUACUCUGAGUUCAAACCUUCAGGCACAUCAAAGAGUCCAUACAGGAGAGAAACCAUACAAAUGUAAUGAGUGUGGGAAGAGCUUCAGGAGGAACUCCCAUUACCAAGUUCAUCUGGUUGUCCACACAGGGGAGAAGCCCUAUAAAUGUGAGGUAUGUGGGAAGGGCUUCAGUCAGAGUUCAUAUCUUCAAAUCCAUCAGAAGGCCCACAGUGUAGAGAAACCUUACAGGUGUGAGGAGUGUGGACAGGGCUUCAAUCAGAGUUCACGACUUCAGAUCCACCAGCUGAUCCAUACCGGUGAGAAGCCAUACAAAUGUGAAGAGUGUGGGAAGGGAUUCAGUCGUAGAGCAGAUCUUAAAAUUCAUUGCAGAAUCCACACCGGAGAGAAACCGUAUAAUUGUGAGGAGUGUGGGAAAGUCUUCAGGCAGGCCUCAAAUCUUCUGGCCCAUCAGAGAGUCCACAGUGGAGAAAAACCAUUCAAAUGUGAAGAGUGUGGGAAGAGCUUUGGUCGGAGUUCACACCUUCAAGCCCAUCAAAAAGUCCAUACUGGAGAAAAGCCAUACAAAUGUGAGGAGUGUGGGAAGGGCUUCAAGUGGAGCCUGAACCUCGACAUGCAUCAGAGGGUCCACACAGGAGAGAAACCGUAUAAGUGUGGGGAGUGUGGGAAGCACUUCAGUCAGGCCUCAAGUGUUCAGCUUCAUCAGAGUGUCCAUACUGGAGAGAAGCCAUACAGAUGUGACAGAUGCAGUAAGGUCUUCAGUCGGUCUUCACAGCUACAGUCUCAUCAGAGAGUGCACACAGGGGAGAAGCCUUACAAGUGUGAGACCUGUGGUAAGAGCUUCAGUUGGCGCUCCAAUCUAACAAUUCAUCACAGAAUCCAUGCUGCUGAUAAAUCCUAUAAAAGUGAUAGGAGUGGUAAGACCAUCAGAGAGCCCACACACGAAAAAAUUUCCAUAAAAUGAUUAAAAAAACAAAAAACAAAAAACAACCCAGGUGUCAUGUGAAUUCUUCCAGUCAUCAAGUUCAAAAGAAAAACAAAUCAUUUGUUUCAUUAAAGUCAGUGUUUCAACCAUAGCUCAACAUGUCCCAGUAGUCAGGAGGCCACACAGCAGAGAACCCUGGUAAAUGGUGUAGUAAGUUUGAACUUUGACCUCUAUUAAAUAUUAAGGGAGAAGCCUUAGUAUGAGUUUUAGCAGGCCUUGUACAAAAAAAUAUGAUGGACAUGCCAAAAUUUAUGCCCAUUACAACAUAAACUCCACGAAUGCAGAGACGUUUGUUCUGAAUCUACAGUCUGAACAUUGUCAGCUACUUCGUAGGUGCUCGAUAUUUGUCCAAUUAAUGAGGAAAAACUUUUUGAAAAUUAUGUUGCAAUCCCCUCCAAAAUUUCAUAAAAAUUUGUAUUCAGAGCAGUUAACCUAAAUGUGGCCUUAAAAGUAAUUCAGGGAGACAAAAAGUUGAAGUGUUAGAAAACCACUCAGUAUUGCAAUUUGUAAUAUGAUUGUGGCAUCAUCCUGUUAUAAUUAGCUCCAUUUGUCUCUCCCCAGCCUCGCUUCUAGUUGGAUCUUAUCUUGGACUUUGUCUAAUAUUCUGUUAAUUUUUUACAGUACAAAUUCAGUUAUCUUUUGUGACAGUAUAGAUUUACUGAAAAUGGAUUGUUCAUCUUGCAAUACAGAAAACAUACUGUCGACCCUUUUAUCAAGAAUGUCAAGGCAGAGGUUUAAGUGUCAGAAAGAGUUACUAAUGACAGUGACAGAGGACAAACAUUUCUUAGUAAAUGAAAUGACCGUUGGUUUCUUAUUCACCACAUUUCCAUCUAGGUUUUGAUGUGAUUGUCUCCCAAGGGUUUUAGCAUUACUUUCAUCAAGACUUCUUAAGUAGAGAAAAGAGGCUGUUUGAAGUAGAUUACUUUUGUCAAGUUCUGUAUCUCCUUACUCCUUCUCUCUGGCCUGAGAUAAAAAUUAUUUGUUGAAAUUUGGUAAUUUCAUCAAACAUUUAUUCAGUGACUGACGUGCACACUUUUUCCUAGCGGUGGAUUGAAAAAUUGAUUUUCAAAGUGAAGUUGGUGAGUAUAUAUCAAAAUAUAGAACGUAUAUCCCUUUGAUAUAGAAAUCAUAGAAUAGGACCUUAUAAUUAGGAAAUUCAAAUAGAAAAGAUGAGUAGCACGUCAAUGUUACUAAAUUUUGUAAAAGUGAAAUAUUCAAUAGGAAUUUCUUUAUAUUUUAAGAUACUUAUGUAAUAACAGAUCUGUUAAAAUGAUGGUAUAAACUUAAUGACAGAAGCAUGUAACAGUUUAAAGUAUUUUAGGUACAUCACAUACCUUAAUCAAACACGUAUGUGUGUGUGUUAAUGCAUCCUAUCAUCUAUAAAGGGAUAUUCACCCUUAUGUAAACAGUGGCAAGAUUUUCAGGGUUUUUUUCCACAUUUAACUUCCAUAUUUUAAAUUUUUCAUUGAGCAUCAAUUUUCCAAUAAAAUACUGUUAUUUUUAUAGUAACAUAGGUAGUAAAAUAAUGUAAAAUAUAUUAAAAAUUACUAAGAACAUAUUAAUCCCUCAGUAAAAAAUCCUAUCAUCAUGAGGUAUAUAUAUAUGAACAAAAUUAAGGAAUAGACUUCUAGAAAUCAGUUAUAAAAAGAAAAAAUUUAUAUGGUUAUUCAGAGAUACAGAAUAUUAGUCAGUGUAACUGUAUAAUUAAUGCAUUUGAAGUUUAGCAUAAAUCCAUGCAGCCCAGAAUAUUGUUUUAAUUCCAACAGUAGAGAUUUACACACCCUAGUUCUCCCCGUCAGACUUCCUUACUGGGUGAAUGGAUAGAGAGCCUGGGGUACCAGCUUGUCCUUUCAAGUGCUUGGUCUGACUGGGGAAGUAGUUGGGUCAUUCCAGACACUAUGACACAGAAAACCGUUAGCUGUGGGAAAAACGGAAUUUACCCUCCACCAAAUUUUUUUAAAUUGUUUACAAAGUAACAGUGAUUGGGCAAAUCCUGAAGAUAGAGAGUGGAAAUAGGUAAGUUUUAGAGUAAAAUUUAUCAACGAUUCCCUAAGGAAAAAUGUGCAUAGGGAAGAAACCGAGAAUGAUGGGAACAAGUUGCUAAGGAGGAGGUUUGCAUACCAUUUCCUACUUCUUAGUCAUUUCACUGAUGUUUAACACUUACUUGGUUAAAGGGCUUUACUCAGCAAAAGAUGUAUCUAAUGUGAGAGGCAGGUUUCCAAGAUUGGCUUCCUAGACCACACCUUCACAUGUGUAUGUAAAGUCCAUGCUACCGCAAAUUGCACUGCAUUAGAUGUCAGAAAUCCUAGGCCUUUCAUGUUUUGUUUUGUUUUGUUUGGUAGAUAUCAGGGUAGCCCACCAACUCUCAAGGUAAUUUGUAGUUUAGUGAGUUAAGUCAAGGGUUGGAAAACUACCUCCUGUGAGCCCAAUCUGGCUCAUUGCCUUUAAAGCUUUAUUGGAACAUAAAAGCUCUUUAUUGGCCCAUCCAUUUAUUUACCAUCUUUGAAUGUUUCCCAUUGUGCUGACAGUGUUUAGUGGUUGUGACGAGCACUGUGGCCCACAAAACCUAAAAUACUUACUUUCUGGCCCUUCAGAGAAAAAGUCUGUCGAUCCCUGUGGUAAGCCCAAAAGGUUUGUCUCUGUAAGUGAAAGACCACAAGUAGAGCAGAACUUAGACUUGGUUCAGUGAGGAUUCCAGAGAGGUCUCCUUCUUGAUUCUCAUAUCUGCCCUUCUGGUUGGCCUUGUUCUUUAGUUUGGUUCAAAGACAGUGGUAGCAACUAGGGACUACCUGUCUCUUUCUUCACAUUCAGUGAAAGAGCUGCUCUUCCGUUCUUAGUGUUGAAUACACUACUUACUCCCGGUGCAUAGCUUCCUCUAACCUUGACUCCCAUCUAUGCUAAAGACUAAACCUUUAGCUUUGUAUCCAGUUCCAUGGGCCUUCGUAGGGCCUUCAGUUUCAACUCCCACUUGAUAGCUUGAGCUCGAAAUCUAUUUUUACCGCUGGGGAUUUUCUGUCUUAGCUUUGAGCUUGGCUACAUAGCAACACUUUGGGGGACUUGUUAUAAUCAGCAUUUCUUUCUUUCCUUCCUUUUUUUUUUUUUUUUAAAAGGGGAUCCAAAGUCAAAUUCAGUCAGUGGCUGAAUGACAACACAUUGAUUCACAACCUUGUAGAUUCUCUUAAUGUCAUAGGGCAUCAGUGGGAAGGAGUAGAAUCCUGGAAAUUUGAGGUGGAAAUAUAUGGGCAGCUUCCAACAAAGCUGAGGCCUAUGACCUCUGACCUGUGACCUCUUAGUUGAGCCUCCUGUGCUAUUAGAAGAAAGUCUGCCUCUACUCUGAGAUAGUUUCCUUGCAGGGGACUGUAGAUCCUCAAGACUUGCCUCCACUACCUCUCGUAUUUCUAGACCUAGUAAUCAGACUAGAGUCCUUGAAAUGGGGAAGGGAGCAGGGAAGGGGUGGGUACCCACCGGCUAUAAAGUAUGACCAUGAGGAGACACUGUAUCUGCUAAAAUAAGGAAUUUUAUAAUUUAUAUCAAUAGAAACCUCAGAAAUAAUGUGUGAUUGUGAAUUUUGUAGGUAUUGAAGCAGGUGGAAGUAAUGUAAUAUUGGAUUAGGCUGGAUUUGUUGAUACGAGUGCAUUCAACACCCAUUCCAGACUCAGCGUGUUAGUUUGGGUACCUGGGAAUGCCUUCAACAGUUUGAUCAAAUGACUGAAACCUGUACCCAAAGUUAGCGUAUGCUGAAGUCAAAAUGCCAGAACUUUCUAAGUAUGUUGUAGCAAAACUUCUUGACGUUGGCAUGACUGACAUUUUGAACUGGAUAGCUGUUUGUUGUUGGGAGCUGUCCUGUGCAAUGUAAGAUGGGCCAGUGGCACAUAUUCUUCCCUGCCACCCUAGUUGUAACAAUAAAAAGUGCCUUGAGGGCUUCCCUGGUGGCACAGUGGUUGAGAGUCCGCCUGCCGAUGC